GGCAGGCAGGCAGACGCACGCUCUGCUCCAGGCAGCGGCGCGCAAAGUUCCCCCAGGAGAGCAGCCUUCCGGGUUCCUCCUCCUCCUCCUGACGGGUGUGUGAAAAGGAUGCCCCGGUGGAGCUCAGCGGGCUCAGGCUGCUCUCCGCUGGGCAGGAGGACAUGGCAGGAGGGGGCUCCCGCCGCAGGAGGAGGCAGCAGCAGCAGGCAAUGCAGGGGGGCCAUGGGGUUCCCUAGAGGGCAGCUCCUCGCGCCGUGAGGCAAGCAGCGCGCGUGGCUCCUGCCGCCGGAGAGGAGAGGCGAGGAGGCGAUGCUUUCUAGCAGCAGCGGCAGCAGGCCGGCGGCGGCCCCCUAGCCGGGCCGGGCUGUGCAGGAAGGGGGCCAUCAUCGGCAGCUCGGCGUCCUCCGGAGCUCACAGGUCGCAAGGGCAGCAGCCUCUGUGGCCCCGCCGGCUUGCUUGGUGCAAGGGCUGGCGAGGGGAGGAGGGGGCGAGGCGCUGGCGCGGCGGAGGGAUGGGCUGCGCCCCCAGCAUCCACGUCUCGCAGAGCGGCGUGAUCUACUGCCGCGACUCGGACGAGUCCAACUCCCCGCACCAGACCACCACCACCAUCUCGCAGGGCACCGCCGCCACCUUGCACGGCCUUUUCAUCAAGACCGACGCGGCCGACACCAUCCCUUCGGUGCUCGCCUACCAGAGCCGCCAGCCGCCGCCGCCGCCGCCGCAGCAGGAAAAGUGCGCGGCCCACCAGCGCAGAGAGCCGGCUGGCCGAGAAAGCAGGACCGGAGUGCCCCACUGCUGUGGCGUCGAGGCGGAGACCCAGACUAGCCAGAGCAGCGUCAAGCAGGCUUCAACUACUGAGAUAGAAAUUGGGCCCAUGAGACUGACACAAGAUCCUAUUCAGGUGUUGUUGAUCUUUGCGAAAGAAGACAAGCAGAGCGAUGGGUUCUGGUGGGCUUGUGAUAGAGCUGGAUAUAGAUGUAACCUUGCUCGGACACCAGAGUCUGCACUUGAAUGUUUUCUUGAUAAACACCAUGAAAUAAUUGUCAUUGAUCAAAGAAACUGCAGAUAUUUUGAUGCAGAAGCCAUCUGUAGGUCAAUCCGUGCUACAAAACCUGCAGAACAUACUGUGAUACUAGCUGUUGUUCCACAAAAGUCUGCUGCCCAAGAAGAAACUUCUGUCCUCCCCAUUCUCCGUGCAGGUUUCAACAGGAGGUUUUUGGAGAAUAGCAGCAUCAUUGCUUGUUACAAUGAAUUAAUUCAAAUAGAACACGGUGAGGUGAGAUCACAGUUCAAGCUACGGGCAUGCAAUUCGAUGUUCACAGCACUAGAACACUGUAAUGAAGCUAUAGAAAUAACUAGUGAUGAUCAUAUAAUUCAGUAUGUUAACCCAGCCUUUGAACGAAUGAUGGGCUAUCAAAAGGGAGAAUUAAUAGGAAAGGAGCUUACAGAACUUCCAAAAAGUGACAAAAACCAUGCAGACCUCCUGGACACAAUCAAUACAUGUAUCAAAAGAGGGAAAGAAUGGCAAGGUGUUUAUUAUGCACGGAGGAAAUCGGGAGACAGUAUUCAACAGCAUGUGAAGAUAACACCUGUAACCGGCCAAGGCGGAAAAAUCCGACAUUUUGUGUCUCUCAAGAAACUGUGUUGCACUAAUGAUGGCAACAAACAGCCUUACAAGACUCCUCGUGAUGAAAAGUGUGCAGAUCAGUUUCAUCCAGACUCUCACUCCUUCAGAUGCAAGAACAGGAGGAAAGAAUCCAUUGAUGUCAAAUCAAUAACCUCUCAAAGCAGCGAUGCCCCAAGUUUACAGAAUCGUCGGUAUUCGUCAGUCGCAAGAAUCCACUCAAUGACAAUAGAAGCCCCAAUUACAAAGGUCAUUAAUAUAAUAAAUUCCGCACAAGAGAACAGUCCAGUGACUGUAGCAGAGGCCUUGGACAGAGUUUUGGAAAUUUUACGGACAACAGAACUAUACUCCCCUCAGCUAGGUACCAAAGAUGAAGAUCCUCACACUAGUGACCUUGUUGGAGGUCUGAUGACUGAUGGCUUGAGAAGGCUGUCGGGAAAUGAGUAUGUAUUUUCUAAAAAUACAAACCACCUUUCAGUGCCAAUUACCAUCAAUGAUGUUCCACCAAGUAUUGCACACUUACUUGAUAAUGAAGAGAGCUGGGAUUUCAAUAUUUUUGAACUGGAAGCUGUUACAAAUAAAAGGCCAUUGGUUUAUUUGGGUUUGAAAAUCUUUGCCCGGUUUGGUGUCUGUGAAUUUUUAAACUGCUCAGAAGCCACCCUACGAGCCUGGUUCCAGGUGAUUGAAGCCAACUACCACUCCUCCAAUUCCUACCAUAACUCCACUCAUGCGGCUGAUGUCUUGCAUGCAACAGCGUUUUUUCUGGGGAAAGAGAGAGUUAAGGCAAGCCUUGACCAUUUAGAUGAAGUGGCCGCCUUAAUAGCAGCAACAGUUCACGAUGUGGACCACCCAGGGCGGACCAACUCUUUCCUGUGCAAUGCAGGCAGUGAACUAGCUGUUCUCUACAAUGACACUGCUGUGCUGGAAAGCCAUCACACUGCUCUAGCGUUCCAGCUUACAGCAAAAGACAACAAGUGCAACAUUUUCAAAAAUCUCAACAGAAAUCAUUAUCGAACUCUUCGCCAGGCAAUUAUUGAUAUGGUUCUAGCAACAGAAAUGACAAAGCACUUUGAGCAUGUGAACAAGUUUGUGAAUAGUAUCACCAAGCCCAUGGCCUCUGAGGAAACCAACUCCAAUAAUGAGGGUAGUGACUGUGAAUGUACAACCAAUCUCAAGAACUUUCCAGAUAACCAGACCCUGAUCAAGCGCAUGAUGAUCAAAUGUGCAGAUGUUUCAAAUCCAUGUCGCCCUCUAGAGUUGUGUAUUGAAUGGGCUGGGAGGAUUUCAGAAGAAUAUUUUGCACAGACUGAUGAAGAAAAGAGACAGGGUCUACCAGUUGUUAUGCCAGUAUUUGACAGAAACACCUGUAGCAUCCCCAAAUCUCAGAUAUCCUUCAUCGAUUACUUCAUAAUGGAUAUGUUUGAUGCUUGGGACGCAUUUGCACAUUUGCCUGUUCUGAUGCAGCACUUGGCAAAUAACUACAAACACUGGAAAACAUUAGAUGAGUCCAAGUGUCGGAGCCUCCGGCUGCCUUCAGAGAACAACAAUGGAAGCUGAAGGGAGGCAGCGGAACAUCAUGGCCGACCACUCACACUGUGAACCAUCGACUGGUAUGGACCCACGAGGGACAGAAUUUCCUUCACAAUGAAGUAACCAACUGGGCAGCAAGGAGAGAAAUAUUGUUUCUCAAUAGUUCUAAAUUCUAUAAAACAUUUUUUAUAAAGAUGAUAAUCGAAAGACCAAUAAAUGCUUUAUAGAGCUAUCCUCUUUUUGUGGCACAACAGGUCCUUUUCAAGAUAGUUUUAUAAAAUUGUUAAUUGUCAAAUUUUAUCAUUGGUAUAAUUUUUGUUUACAGGCCAAAAAAAAUCUACUAUACGUAUGAAUCCCAUAAAAGAGGGACAUCAUGCUAUUAAAAAUAAGCUUCUCUGGAAUACCAAUAGUAUUUCUUCAACCUUGUCAAAUUAUUGUCAUUUUAGGAUACAGCAAAUAUCCUUAUAUGAAAUUUGAUGCAAGAAGUGCGGGUGGGGGAGCACAAGUAAUUUUAGGAGAACAGCAGCACAUUCUUGUGAAACAUCUACAUUUUAAAUAGUGCAACUUCAGUUCUAUCAGACAAUACUGUCAACUUUGUUUUCUUUCACAGGUGCACUGUUGCGCUGAGAUUCAAACCUGUCUGUGCAUACUGGUUUUCAGCAUAAACAGGUUUCCCUGUAGAUUCCAAUGCCAGGGACCCUGUAGAUUUCAAUGUCAGGGAGCAGUUUGUGUGCACACUGGGGCUUAUACAUACAUAAAGGAGCCGCUGAAUGUAUUUUACUACUUAAACUAAAUUUUCAUGAAAUCAUAGAUGGAGAUACUAGUUUACAGAUCCAAUCCAUACUUUUUUCUGCCUUCAAAUAAUUGAUAGUGAGCCAUAUUGUGAAGCAAACGUAGUGAGAGACUGACACCUCUGUUCUAAAACAUCUGCCUGCAGCAGCUGCAACAACAGAUCAUGAUUUGUGAUGUUGUAUAGUUCCAGUUUUAUAUGUACAUGCUUAGAAUGGGCAAUUUGCCGGUGCAGUGAAGUUUAGGCCAGAAUGUGACAGAUGCUUAUACACAUGAGCCAUAUUCAGAAAGGUCUCCAUAACCAAGCAGAGGUCUCCUGUCUUCACUCUAGGAGAAGGGAAAUGGCUGCACAAACAAAAGUAUCUCCCUCACAGAGAACAAGGAACCCCCUGUGCCUUGCGGUUCUGGAUUGCAGCCAUAGCAAUGACAUUGACCAUAAAUGUCUAUAAACCUUGUCAGUUAGGAAAGACCAUACAAUGAAAUCGUAUAACAUUAAAAAACAAACCAAUUUUCAAGUUGUUGUUUUCUUUUAUGUUAGCUGCUUCAAGAGUCCAGUAAGCCUAGUUGAGCAGGAUAAACUUUUCCAAAGUAAAGUAAAAUAAACAAUGUAUUCCUUCAUAAGAUAGGAUUAAUUUUAACUGUGGUAAGAAUUAAGAAACAGAAUGUAAAUUGUACAGUAUGAAGUUUAUGCUUCUGCUGCCAAGCACAAAUACUUUUAGGCCGCAUUCGCACAUAGUGCGGAACUGCAGGGCCAAUGGACCCGGGGUUCCACUCCAUCCACCCCAUUCUCCUGUCCAAAUCCGAAUGUAACAGAGAGCAGUGUCUCUGCAGUCAGGAAGUCUCAGGGAGGCUGCAGAGAGGAGGGGCAACUGGCUGUGUGGGCUUCCUUCUUGCAUGAAGGAUAGCCUGCACAGCCAAUCAUAGCCAGAGAGAGGGAGGAGCUUCCUCCCUCAUCUCUAGUUUGAGACAGCCAUGCAUGCAGUUCAGCAUUUGCAUGUAAUGCAGGUGGCUGUUAACCUUGGGUUGGGGCAGCAAAACUCACUACAGUCCGAGGGUUCAAAUUGUCCACCCGGAACUGGAGUUUCUGGCAUUUGGUCAUACAGACUUGGCAACCUUUGGCCCCUUCAACUCCAGUUUCACAUUACAUGCGAAUGCGGCCUUGUAUUCCUUUUAAUCACAUUGGGAGAGUCUCUUGUGUAAGCCCCAUUACAACUAAUGGGAGUUGUGCAAGCACACAACUGUGCUUUUGUGCAUUUCAUUUCAAUGGGCCUGAUGUGGGAGACAUUCCUGGCAUACUGUGCUAUUCUCUUCCUGCUCCCAAAUACCAUGAUUUCUAAUUUUGAACCAUUCCUGAUGCUCUACUGGCUUAGACAAUCAUCCAGUUAUUUGGCUAACAAUAUACUUCUAGUUAUUCUGCUAACUCUCCAUUACAAGAUGAUCUUUAAAGACUGAAAUGCAUAUGAUUUCAUGCAAAGUAUUACACUGCCCUUUUAAAAAAGAAAAAAGCUUUGACUGAUUUCUACCCAGGCUUUGUGCCGAGUUCAGGAAGAUAAAUCAGAUUAAGUAAAUAGAGUAUUACUACUGAUGAAACAUGACAAUGAUUGUAGCUUAAUGUGCCAACAUUUUUUCAAUGUUUUGUAUCAAGUUAUGUAAAAUAAUGUACAACAUUCAUAUAAUUUCCAUGCAGAGAAAUGUAUAUAAGCUAUAUUUUUGUUAGAAGUCUAACAGAACCUAAUUUCUGUUGCUGUGUAUUAUAAAGUUACAUUGUGUCGUUUUAACAAUUGGUGUUUUUGCUGCAAUAUUCAUCAUUUCCAUUAUGUAUUACUACCAAAAUCUCAGCUGAUUAAAUUUUAAUUAAUUUUUAUUCACA